AUGCUGAACCACGAGGUCCCACAUUCGGCGGCUGAGGUGCAGAAUCAGGCGCCUGAGGCGCAGCAUUCGGCGCCUGAGGCGCAGCAUUCGGCGCCUGAGGUCCCACAUUCGGCGGCUGAGGUGCAGAAUCAGGCGCCUGAGGCGCCGCAUUCGGCGCCUGAGACGCCGCAUUCGGCACCUGAGGCGCAGCAUUCGGCGCCUGAGGUCCCACAUUCGGCGGCUGAGGCGCAGCAUUCGGCGCCUGAGGCGCAGCAUUCGGCGCCUGAGGUCCCACAUUCGGCGGCUGAGGUGCAGAAUCAGGCGCCUGAGGCGCAGCAUUCGGCGCCUGAGGCGCAGCAUUCGGCGCCUGAGGUGCCACAUUCGGCGGCUGAGGUGCAAAAUCAGGCGCCUGAGGCGCAGCAUUCGGCGCCUGAGGCGCAGCAUUCGGCGCCUGAGGCGCAGCAUUCGGCGCCUGAGGUCCCACAUUCGGCGGCUGAGGUGCAGAAUCAGGCGCCUGAGGCGCAGCAUUCGGCGCCUGAGGCGCAGCAUUCGGCGCCUGAGGUCCCACAUUCGGCGGCUGAGGUGCAGAAUCAGGCGCCUGAGGCGCAGCAUUCGGCGACUGAGGCGCAGCAUUCGGCGCCUGAGGCGCAGCAUUCGGAGCCUGAGGUGCAGCAUUCGGCGCCUGAGGCGCCGUAUCGGGUGCUUUGCUGCCGUUGGCUGCCGCUUGCUGAAGCGGGCUGCUGGAUGCUGAACCACCAGGUCCCACAUUCGACGGCUGAGGUGCAGAAUCAGGCGCCUGAGGCGCAGCAUUCGGCGACUGAGGCGCAGCAUUCGGCGCCUGAGGUGCCGAAUCGGGCACCUUGCUGCCGCUGCCUGCCGCUGGCUGCUGCGGGCUGCUGGAUGCUGAACCACCAGGUCCCACAUUCGGCGUCUGAGGUGCAGAAUCAGGCGCCUGAGGCGCAGCAUUCGGCGCCUGAGGUGCAGCAUUCGGCGCCUGAGGCGCCGAAUCGGGCGCCUGAGGCGCCGAAUCGUGCACCUUGCUGCCGCUGCCUCCGCUGGCUGCUGCGGGCUGCUGGAUGCUGA